CGUUACGUCGCUAGUCUCUCUCCAGGCGCUCGGUCAAUGGCUUUGCGGGUCAUGGAGGAGGAAGGUAAAUAAAGAAGGGGCGCCGAGAGCACGCAGCAGCAGUCGUUGCCGGACGGUUGCUGGAGGAUUUUCCUCUUUUAUCGGCGUGUAAGCAAGAGACGGACAGGACGUGGAGCGACAUCCCGCAGCGGAGCUACUUUCGUUGGGCUUCAUCCGGAGCUGUCGGCGCUUUUAGGGGAUUUGGCUAGCGUUGCCUCAUCCUUGUGUUGCCAUGGCGAUGCGGGAGCUGGUGGAGGCAGAAUGCGGGGGAGCCAAUCCCCUCAUGAAGUUGACCGGUCACAUGACCAAGGAAGAAGGGGCAUGGCGGCACCGCUCGACACCCACAAUUGCCCCCACUCCUAUUGAGAUUGCAACAGAGGAAGAGCUUGUGAAUGAGUUCCUGCAGGCUCCCCCUCGACCCGCACACACAUUUGACAUGGGUCAGCUCUUAGAGGAAAUGCAGCAGAUUGACCAGCAGAGCUACAGACAAGCUCCACAGAGAGCACCAGAUGUGGCAGCGUUGGCCCUCUCAGGCGACUGGGCUGCAGAGUUCGUCUCCGGCUCGGACUCUGCUGCCACAAAUGCUCUUGGUGAAGCAGCAGAUGCUGAUUGGACGAGAGAAUUUAUCGCUGAGGCUGCAGAUCCCGGGCGCUGGGCGGAGGAGUAUCUGGAGCAGUCUGAGGAGAAGCUGUGGCUCGGAGACCUUGGGGACAAGGAGACUGAAUGGACGAAGGAGUAUCAAGCUGGAGACGAGCUGAGGCAGACAGCCAAUGAGCUUGUUUCUAAGGUCGAUGACCCCAAGUUGCAAAAUACAGAGUUCCUGCGAUUCAUUAGGCAGAUUGGCGAGGGAAGUGUGACAGUGGAGAGCAGAACAGACAAACAGCUCACAGAUAAAGUUCAGGCCGAGGAGGCUCAGAACUGGGCCUCCAACCUCAACCAGUUCCUGGCGGAGACGGGGGGAGGGAGUCUUCCCUUGGAACCUGCAGAGACGAAUCAAAGGAUUGACAAAGUUAAAGCUAAACAAGCAGAGCAGUGGGCCAAAGUCGUCAGGCAGGUGUCAGAGGAGUCGGCUGAAGCCUGGGUGGACGAGUUCACCGCGUCGGGACCAGACUUCCAGCAAGCCAAAGCUGCAGUGGAGAGUGACGUUGAUUUCUGGGAGAAGCUGCAGCAGGAGUGGGAGGAGAUGGCAAAGAGAGAUGCAGAAAGCCAUCCCUGGUUGUCCGACUACGACCAGCUGCUCAGCUCUUCUUACGACAAGGGGUAUCAAUUUGAGGAGGACAACCCCUGCUUGUCCCACCCAGACCCUUUCUCAGAAGGACUGAAGAGGAUGGAGGCGGGCGACAUCCCUGGAGCUGUGCGCUUCUUUGAAAGCGCCGUCCAGAAGGAACCAGACAACCAGCUGGCUUGGCAAUACCUGGGAACCUGCCAGGCAGAGAACGAGCAGGAAUUUGCUGCCAUCAGCGCCCUCCGCAGAUGUAUAGAGCUGAAAAAGGACAACCUGACUGCGCUGAUGGCGCUGGCUGUCAGUUUCACUAACGAGUCGCUGCACAGGCAGGCCUGUGAGACGUUACGCGACUGGCUGAAGCACAAUCCAAAAUACCAGUCUGUGUGGGAGCAGUCCGAGCAGGACCGUCAAAGAGACGGCGGUCAGGAAAGAGAAAAGGAGAAGGAGCGGUUCGGAUCGUUGUUGCCAGAAUCGUUGUUCACCGAUGUCCAGAAUCUGUUCCUACGUGCAGCCAACUCUGACCCUUCCCAGGUGGACCCCCAGCUGCAGUGCGGUCUGGGAGUUUUGUUCAACCUGAGCGGAGAGUACGACAAGGCGGUGGACUGCUUCGGUGCUGCCCUUUCCGUUACUCCACAGGAUUAUCUGUUGUGGAACAAGCUGGGCGCCACGCUGGCCAAUGGGAGCCGCUCAGAAGAGGCAGUGGCCGCCUACAGGAGAGCUCUGGAACUGCAGCCAGGUUUUGUCCGCAGUCGCUACAACUUGGGAAUCAGCUGCGUAAACUUGGGGGCGCACAGAGAGGCUGUGGAGCACUUCCUGGAAGCGCUGUCUCUCCAGCGGCAGGCUGCAGGAGACGGAGCGAGAGCUGCGAGGGGACCCGGAGGCGCAGCAGCCACGGUGAUGUCCGACAACAUCUGGUCCACGCUACGGAUGGCUCUCAGCAUGAUGGGAGAAAGCUCUUUGUACGCUGCGGCUGACCGCAGAGACUUGGACACGUUGCUGGCUCAUUUCAGCCAGAGAGAAGUGGAGGGUGGAAGUGAAUGAGGACUAGCGUUGAUCGAGUGUGAAUGUGCUCGGAAUGGAGGUCGAUGUUUGGGGGGAAUCGGAGCAGUUAAUAGUCGGAUAUAAAUGGCAGACGCGGACACUGUGACGUCGGAGAUGCUAGAUGUUCAUGUGUGUUUUAAACGAGUACUAUAAUGCAGUAUCACUCUCCAGCUGGAGAAAAGCAACCAGCAGUUGUUCAGUCAAGCUGCUGCUGGGUUUCAGAUAUUUUGCUAGUCCUCAUAUUGUUGUUCUAGCAAAUGAGUUUAAAAGGUUCCCUUUUAUUUACUUGAAGUUUUGAUGAAUAAAGUAAACAACAAGCAUGUUGAUGAUUUGCAUCUUCUGUAGCGAGUAAUGUUAGGUUGGUUUGUGUCAUGACACUCAGUACUCUCCCAGUCUUCAUUACCUACAAGUACUUUUUAGGAUUUAGGUGACUAAAGGUACAGUGCUGCUGUAAUAAUACCACGAGUUCUGCUUUUCACCCAGAAGAGCUCUGAAGACAGAAAGUUGAUGCAGUUCAGGAGAAGAAACACAAGUCCAAAAGUGCUGCAGCUUUGUUUUUAUAUCAUGUACAUUCUUAGUGACCAUUGAUCUGCCAGGACAGUGAACUGGCAACCAGCGGGACUGUUAUUGCUAUGAUCAAGUGUGUGCGUCUCUUCAUUGUGAUUAACUGGGUAACAUUUAAAACACGUCAUGAGAGUGAUUGUUAUGGCUCCCCUCUGUUUUGCUCUUUUUUUGUAAUGCUCUUAAACUAAUUUUGCUUCAUUGUAAAAUACUCCUGUAUGCCAUACUGUGUAUUGUAACAUAAUUGAUGCACUAUGAUUGUUUUCAGGCUACUUGAAGCCUGAUUGCAAUCUUUAAUAUAAUAUCCAGCAAUAAAGCUUUGAUUCCAAACAUGA